GCAACGUAACACAAAUUAAUUACUAUGGAAGACCACCAAUACAUUGUAACAACGUCCAUGUUCCAGUACCUUGAAGAGAUAGACAACGUUCUGAGGGAGAAUACUGCAAAGCAGACUCAAGAAAAUCUCCUUGAAAUGGGUCUGGAAGACCAAAUGAUGAGCCCAGACCCAUUACCUGCCUUUAAUCAAGAGUUCAUCCCUGACCAGAGCUAUGAAUUCGAUUUUGGGCCUCCAAACGAGAUUGAUAAUGAUAUGUUUAGCCAGAAAUUAGACCUUAAUGAGGAUAUUCAGCCUGAUGAUGAGAUUAUGCCUUUCAGCAACCUCAAACCUACAAGUUCUACUAGUAAAUUAAACCUUUCUGUGCCUAAAACAACUCUGAAAGAGCCUCCACAACCCACAGAAAGUGAAAUUAAGGAGCCAGAGCCAAAGAACAAGCCAAGAAUGUCGAAUAAAGAAAGGGCAAGGAAGGCCAGGCAGAGAAAGAAGAAGUACUAUGAAGAUCUUGAGAAGCGAUGUGGGUAUCUUGAAGACCUCUGCAAGAACCUCACUAAAGAACUCCAGUAUGCUAAACACAAGAUUCGUCUAUUUGAAUGCACUGAGAGAGGCGGCACCAGAGAUGAGCUUAACAGAGAUAUCCGCAUGAUCGACAAUUUGAUAGAAAGAGCAAAGAAAAUGGAUGGAAAAGAUGAAAAACUUAUGAAAACUAUCAGAAAAAUCCAAUUGGGAUACAGCUCAAUGGGAGCGGAGAAAAUGAAAAUACUUGAUGGAUCUUUUGACCUCUUUUUGGAAAAUAUUCUUUGAGGUACUGAUUUUCAAAGCAUGUUUUAUGCUGCUGAUAAGAAAAUGCCAAGCACAUUUUCAGAAGCUCAGGCUUAUCUUAGAAUGAAGAAGUUUGAGAAAUAUGAGCAAUAUCCUGAUGAAAAAUUGAGAGAUUUCCUUGACAUAAAACUUCCUAUGAUAUCGAGCGAAGUUGAGUAUGAUCACAUGGUUCAUAAUAAAAUCCCUAGUAUCUUAGAGAUUAAGAAUGAAAUAAAGGAUGGGAUCUAUUAUCUUCAUAAAGGGAAGGAGAUUAUCUACAAAGCUCUUAUGAAAAAUGACACCUUUAGCAAUACCUACUCUUGAUUUACUAUGGAUAAAAUCCAAUGGCUUAAUUACCUUGAAGAAAUGAAACACAGUAAUCUUAAAUUUACUUACAAAGAUGCUUUCGAUGUCAAAUUUGAAGAGAUUGAUGUAAAUAUGUGCUACAAGAUCUACAAACCUGAGAUCUGGAGUGCUCUUGCUCUAUCCAGUGUUCUAAAUCAUCCUGAGCUUGCAUCGAAGAUAGAAUGGAAUAGCCAAUAUAAAAUGAACCAUCUAAUAUCUCCAAUUCCAUGAGAGUAACAUAAUUCACUUUCGGGCCUAAUAACUAUAUGAAACCCCUACC